AUGGGAUCUCAUGGUAAGAGUAGGAGAGAUAGACAUGGGAAGCAAAAGAAGCGGAGAGAUGAGUCCGAGUCUGACUCCGAGUCUUACUCUUCUGACUCCGGUUCUGAUUCUCCUCCCAGGAGUUCAAGGAGCCGGAAGAGUAGCAGCAGUCGUCGACGCCAUCACUCAAGCAGCGAUGAUUCCUCUGAUAGCGAUGGUGGACGGAAGAGUAAGAAGAGAAGUUCGUCUAAGAAGCCCUCUGAGGAAGAAAUCAAGGAGUAUAUGGCCAAAAAGGCUCAGAAGAAGGCAUUACGUGCAGCAAAGAAGCUGAAGACUCAGUCAGUGUCUGGCUACUCCAAUGAUUCAAAUCCAUUUGGGGAUUCCAAUCUCACUGAGACAUUUGUGUGGCGGAAGAAAAUUGAAAAAGAUGUUCACCAUGGAGUUUCCUUGGACGAAUUUUCCGUUAAAGCUGAGAAGAGAAGACGUGGGGAAAGGAUGACAGAGGUUGAAAAGGUUAAGAAGAGGAGAGAAGAGAGAGCUGUCGAGAAAGCUCGACAUGAGGAAGAAAUGGCAUUGUUGGCUAGAGAACGUGCUCGAGCUGAGUUUCAAGAUUGGGAGAAGAAGGAGGAAGAGUUCCAUUUCGAUCAAAGCAAGGUCAGAUCAGAGAUUAGACUUCGUGAAGGACGACUGAAGCCAAUCGAUGUCCUCUGCAAGCACUUGGAUGGUUCAGAUGAUAUGGAUAUCGAGCUCACUGAACCUUACAUGGUUUUCAAGGGACUCACGGUUAAAGAUAUGGAAGAGCUUCGGGAUGAUAUCAAAAUGUAUCUGGAUUCAGAUCGUGCAACUCCAACACGCGUACAGUAUUGGGAGGCACUUAUUGUGGUAUGCGAUUGGGAGUUAGCUGAAGCUCGUAAAAGGGAUGCCUUGGAUCGAGCUAGAGUUAGAGGUGAGGAGCCGCCUGCAGAAUUGCUUGCUCAAGAGAGGGGACUACACGCUGGUGUUGAAGCUGACGCUUGCUUGAAGGAAAUACACUCUGAGAUGCUGAGGAGACAUCUACAUCGCCUCGAGCAAGAGGGUGAUGAAGAAGAUGUAGGAGUUAAUCAUCGCUUAGCACCUGUGAUGGAAGAAAACGAGGAGGAGAUGAACGAUGCAAAUCUUCCAGAUGCUGAAGAAGCAUUCUCUCCGGAGCCUAUCAUGGAGGAGGAAGAAGAAGCUGAUGUGGAAGCAGAAGAGGCUGGUUCAUUUUCGCCAGAGCUCAUGCACGGUGAUGAUCGUGAAGAAGCAAUCGAUCCCGUGGAAGACAAGAAGCUACUGGAAAUGAAGCGGAUGGUUGUGUUGGAGAAACAGAAGAAGCGGAUUAAAGAAGCUAUGGACUCAAAACCAGCACCUGUAGAAGAUAACUUUAAGGUUAAAGCAAUGAAAGCAAUGGGAGCUAUGGAGGAAGGUGAUGCUGUAUUUGGCUCUAAUGCUGAAGUGAACCUUGAUUCUGAGGUAUACUGGUGGCAUGACAAGUACCGGCCAAGAAAGCCAAAGUAUUUCAACAGAGUUCACACAGGUUACGAGUGGAAUAAGUAUAACCAAACGCAUUAUGAUCACGACAACCCGCCUCCUAAGAUCGUUCAAGGGUACAAGUUUAACAUCUUCUACCCGGAUUUAGUAGACAAGAUCAAAGCUCCCAUUUACACUAUAGAAAAAGAUGGGACAAGUGCUGAAACUUGUAUGAUCCGGUUCCAUGCUGGUCCUCCUUAUGAAGACAUUGCGUUCCGGAUUGUGAAUAAAGAGUGGGAGUAUUCUCACAAGAAGGGUUUCAAAUGCACGUUUGAGCGUGGGAUUCUGCAUUUGUACAUCAACUUUAAACGACAUCGUUACAGGCGAUAG